AUGGCCACCACCUCGCACAUGUUUAUGUACUCCCUGACGAUCCAGCCUCCUACUGCGAUCACACAGGCCAUUCUUGGUCAGUUUGCGGGAACCAAGGAGCAGCAGAUCGUCACUGCCUCUGGUUCCAAGCUGACCAUCCAUCGUCCGGACCCAACUCAGGGAAAGGUCACGCCGAUCUAUUCGCAAGAUGUAUUCGGCAUCAUCCGCUCCUUGGCAGCGUUCCGGCUGGCUGGGAGUAAUAAAGAUUACAUUAUCAUCGGGUCUGAUUCGGGUCGCAUCACGAUCAUUGAAUAUGUCCCCUCCGAGAACCGCUUUAACCGGAUUCACUUGGAGACAUUCGGCAAGUCUGGAGUACGCCGGGUAGUUCCGGGCCAGUAUCUGGCCGUGGAUCCCAAAGGACGUGCAUGUUUGAUUGCCUCGGUGGAGAAGAACAAGCUGGUCUAUGUUCUGAACCGCAACUCCCAGGCGGAACUCACCAUCUCGUCUCCGCUUGAAGCACACAAGCCACAGACACUGGUCUUUGCCAUGACAGCGCUUGAUAUCGGCUAUGACAACCCGGUCUUUGCUGCUCUCGAAGUGGAUUACUCGGAAGCUGAUCAGGAUCCCACGGGCCAGGCAUACGAGGAGAUUGAGAAAGUUCUCGUCUACUAUGAGCUUGACUUGGGUCUCAACCAUGUUGUUCGUAAGUGGUCUGAUCCUGUAGACCGGACGGCGAACAUGCUGUUCCAGGUUCCUGGAGGAGCAGAUGGCCCAAGUGGUGUACUGGUGUGUGCCGAGGACAACAUCACCUACCGCCACUCAAAUCAGGACGCCUUCCGCGUACCCAUCCCUCGUCGGAGCGGUCCCACCGAGAACCCUGAGCGGAAACGGACUAUUGUCUCGGGUGUGAUGCACAAGAUGAGAGGCGCCUUCUUUUUCCUCCUUCAGACAGAGGACGGUGACAUGUUCAAGCUGACUCUUGACAUGAUUGAGGAUGACAAUGGCCAACUGACGGGCGAGGUCAAGAGGUUGAAGAUCAAAUACUUUGACACUGUUCCUGUGGCGUCAAGCCUGUUAAUUCUGAAGAGUGGUUUCCUCUACGUUGCCAGUGAAUCAGGCAACCACAACUUCUACCAAUUUGAAAAACUUGGUGAUGAUGAUGAGGAGACAGAAUUCACUAGUGAUGACUUUUCCGCCAAUCCCUCUGUUCCUUACGACCCGAUCUUCUUCCGCCCUCGCCCUGCGGAGAACUUGAACCUCAUGGAAAGCUUGAACUCACUCAACCCAUUGAUCGACAGCAAGAUUGCCAAUCUCACAGAGGAUGAUGCUCCACAAAUUUACUCGGUAUGCGGCACUGGUGCUCGCAGCUCAUUCCGAACACUCAAGCAUGGGCUGGAAGUCUCUGAGAUUGUCGAGUCGGAACUUCGAACAGUACCGUCCGCGGUCUGGACAACGAAACUGACUCGCGGAGAUGAGUAUGAUGCUUACAUCGUCCUCUCCUUUGCCAACGGUACUCUCGUCCUGAGUAUCGGUGAGGUUGUGGAAGAGGUCUCCGAUACGGGAUUCCUCUCUACAGCACCGACGCUGGCCGUACAACAGCUAGGCGAGGAUUCUUUGAUUCAAGUUCAUCCUCGUGGUAUUCGCCAUUUACUCGCCGAUCGCCGGGUCAACGAGUGGCCUGCUCCGCAGCACCGUUCCAUAGUGGCCGCCGCUACAAACGAACGCCAGGUGGCAGUGGCUCUCAGCUCCGGUGAGAUUGUCUAUUUCGAAAUGGAUGCCGAUGGAUCUCUAGCCGAGUACGACGAGCGCCGACAGAUGUCUGGCACAGUUACCUGCCUGAGCUUGGGCGAGGUUCCAGAGGGCCGUAUGCGCAGCUCGUUCCUAGCCGUUGGCUGCGAUGAUUCCACCGUCCGAAUCCUUAGUCUGGAUCCUGAUUCUACCCUUGAAAACAAGUCUGUUCAGGCUUUGACUUCGGCCCCUUCGGCUCUGAACAUCAUUGCCAUGGCCGAUUCGAGCUCAGGUGGCACAACACUGUACCUGCAUAUCGGUCUUUACUCAGGCGUUUACCUCCGUACUGUUCUGGAUGAAGUGACCGGUGAGCUUUCCGAUACUCGCACGCGUUUCCUGGGAGCAAAGCCUGUCAAGCUGUCCCAGGUUUCCGUCAAGGGUCAAACGGCCGUUCUGGCGCUCAGUUCGCGCCCAUGGCUUGGGUACUCUGAUAUCCAAACAAAGAGCUUCAUGCUCACUCCUCUUGACUGUGCCGGCAUCGAAUGGGGAUGGAACUUCUCCAGCGAGCAAUGUGAAGAGGGUAUGAUUGGUAUUCAAGGCAAAAACCUUCGGAUUUUCUCUGUUGAUAAGUUGGACAACAACAUGCUACAGGAGUCCAUUCCCUUGGCUUAUACCCCUCGUCGCUUUGUUAAGCACCCCGAGCAGCCUCUCUUCUACGUGAUCGAAUCCGAUAACAACAUCUUGUCUCCAGCAACGCGUCAGAGCCUUAUCGAGGACUCCAAGACUCGCAAUGGAGAGUUCAAUAUUCUCCCACCUGAAGACUUUGGUUACCCUCGCGGUACCGGUCAUUGGGCAUCCUGCAUUCAAAUUGUGGACCCCAUUUCUUCUAAACAGGUGGUCUUUACCCUUGACCUUGAAGAAAAUGAGGCUGCAGUUAGUAUUGCUGCCGUACCGUUCUCGAGCCAAGAUGACGAGACCUUCCUGGUUGUUGGAACUGCCAAGGAUAUGACAGUCAGCCCUCCUUCGUCUUCCGGCGGCUUCAUCCACAUUUACCGUUUCCAGGAGGAGGGGCGCGAGCUAGAGUUUAUCCACAAGACAAAAGUUGACGAGCCUCCUCUGGCUCUGCUACCCUUCCAGGGCCGAGUUCUUGUCGGUAUCGGUUCACUCCUUCGUUUAUACGAUCUGGGUAUGAAACAGCUGCUCCGCAAAUGCCAGGCCCAUGUUGUCCCUCGGACCAUCGUCGGUCUCCAGACACAGGGCAGCCGCAUUGUGGUUAGCGAUGUCCGCGAAAGUGUUACCUAUGUUGCGUACAAGUACCAGGAGAACAUUUUGAUUCCUUUUGUGGAUGACUCCAUCGCUCGUUGGACGACCUCUACCGCCAUGGUCGACUACGAGACUACUGCCGGUGGUGACAAGUUCGGUAACCUCUGGCUACUUCGGUGCCCCAGCAAGGUUUCGGAGGAGGCUGAUGAGGAUGGAUCUGGUGCUCACCUUGUCCACGAGCGUGGCUAUCUGCAGGGCACCCCCCACCGUCUUGAGCUGAUGAUGCACUACUACGUCCAGGAUAUCCCCACCAGCCUGCACAAGGCGCAGCUGGUGGCAGGUGGCCGUGACAUUAUCGUAUGGACCGGCUUCCAAGGCACGAUCGGCAUGUUUAUUCCAUUCGCCAGCCGGGAAGAUGUCGAUUUCUUCCAGAGUCUGGAGAUGCAGCUGGCCUCCCAGCACCCUCCCUUAGCUGGUCGUGACCACCUAAUCUAUCGGGGCUACUACGCCCCCUCCAAGGGUGUCAUCGACGGCGACCUGUGCGAGAUGUACUUCCUGUUGCCGAAUGACACGAAAAUGAUGAUUGCCGGUGAGCUCGAUCGCUCUGUGCGCGAGAUUGAGCGUAAGAUCUCGGAUAUGCGAACGAGGGUGGCAUACUAA